AUGAUCAGAACAGUUGAUGGAUUAAUUCAUAGAGUAAUAAAACGAAGAGAGUUAGGCCGGUAUCCAGGAGGUGUAGAUGGUGUAGGAGGAGGAGGGAGUAGAUCUCCUAGGUAUGAGACUCCACCAGGGACUCCACCUCCUCCCUAUAACCCUGGGCAGGAUCCUGCUCAUCUUCUCACAUGGGGCGGUCUCACAGGAACUAAUAUUAUGACAAUGGAUGACAGUGAUGAUGAUGAUGACAUGAAACCUGUACUUCCACCGGAAGGAGAUCAUGGACCCUUUAAUAGUCUUCCGGAUUUACUACAGCAGGGAGCUCAUCUAGCUGUAUUCUUGAACUAUAUCCUAUCCAAUGCUGCAGACCCUGCUCCUCUAUUCUUUUACCUGAUCACAGAUGCGUACAAACAGGGUACUACAAAGGAAAUGCGGAAAUGGGCUUACGAGAUACACUCUUGCUUCCUGGUUCCCAGAUCCCCACUAGAACUACAGAAUAUUGAUCCAAAGAUAAUCCAGAGCAUUGACACUUUUCUAGCCGAAGAACAGGAGCGUGAAGAGAGUUUACGAAAAAUGUUCUGGAAAGUGCGGCAAAAAGCGCGCGAUGUUCUUAAAAUCCAGUUGGACGAUUUUAGGGCCAAACGCUCAGCAGGAAUGGGAAACAUCUAUGGCCCCCCUGAGCAUGAGUUAAGGGCAGCUGAGGAGAAUCCUUUAAAAAGAAAUCAGAUUAUAGAAGACACUCUUCUUCCCCUCUUUGAUACAAUGGCAGAUGAUUUCGAGAGCGCAACUGACAAAAAUGCUACUCUCUGCUCUUCUCUGGCUACUCUUCUUCUAAAAACUUUCCAGAUACGGAAUACACAGGCACUGAGCACUAUAGAGAAGAUUCCAACCUUUGUUUCCAAGGAGAAGAAACGAGAUAAAUAUUUUGGUUUGAGGAAAAAGGAUUUAACAGUCAAGGGACAUAAUUUUGUUCUUAGGCAAUACGAUCAGGUAACCUACUGUAUCCAGAGUCAGGAGAUAAUCUGGGGUAUUGCCCCCCAGGGGUAUAGAUGUCAGAACUGUGAUUACGAUGUACAUAAGAAGAUUGUGCACCAGGUUGAGGAGGCAUGUGUGGGACCAACUAAGGAUAAAGACAAAAGAAAACGAACUUCUCUUCUUAAUCUGGGUUUCCCUAGUAAACUUAUAUCUUCUAAGGAUCAGCUCCAGGUGGAUCCUGGAGGUAGGAAGAUGAGUUCUAUAUCUCCGGGUGCAAGUUUCCGUGGAGCUGGAGAUCUCCCUGCUGCAGCAUCAUUCAGAAGUUAUACAAGUGAACCAAUUUCAUCCGAGGAUCAAACUGAUGAAGCAACUAAACCUUCCAGGUUAAGUAUGAACCUGGAGGGUGAGAGAAUGCAGUUGUUAAAUUCAGCUGCAAUCAAGCUUGGUGACAUGAGUAGACCGGAAGUUGAUGGACCGGAUGUUCGGUUACGANUUUAA